CUCCUCCUGCGUGAAAUAUCUCAAUAGUUUCGUUUCUAUAGGUGCUUUUGACUGGGUAAAGUCAUAUUUAUUCGUGAUUUAGGUGCGGUUUUCUGGAAGAGCGACUGAAAGGACACUCGAUAGAUUUGACUGUAGUGGCGAGCGGGGCAUUUAUUUAUUUAUCCUUUCAGGGUUUGUCGACGCUGCGGGGCUUGAACACUUACAACAUGCUUCAGUGUUUCUUGGGACUUUUCUCAGCAGUAUCACUGCUUGUGACCGUCAAAGGUACAAAUGCUGUAUGUCCUCUUAAGAUCAACCCAUUAAAACUUGUUGUGAGGUUUAAUAGUUCAGCUUCAGCUGACUGCAGCACUUCUGUCACACAUCAGGGGAUGGGAUGGGAAUCCACGAUGGGAGCAGUGCCCCUGUCCACAGCCAGUCUGAUUACAUGGAGAGUGUCACAGCUGAUAGACUGGGAGAUACAGCCACCAUUCUGCUACAUAAACUAUGACGAAAAUCAGUGUACAGUAGAUCUCCCAGUCACUAUUUACAAGACUCCAGACAGUGUUUCCAUCAGCACUGUGAAUCAAGUAAUGAUGGAGGGAAACCAGUAUGAGCUCCAGUGUGACAUUCACAAUGUGGCUCCUGCUCAGAAUCUCACUGUCAACUGGUACAAAGGAGAAACUCUGGUGAAUCAAACCAACUUUACAGACACCAUCAAAAGGCCAGUCAGUAAAACAUCUAAACUCCUGAUCCAUCCAGACAGAACUGAUGAUGGAGCUCAGUACAGAUGUGAAACAGAGCUGAAACUGGGAGAAGCAGGACCUCAACCUCCUCCUAAAAACACAUCAAAACCUCUCAUCAUUGAAGUUCACUAUAAACCAAAACACUCCAUAUCAACAGAGAAGAUCAGUCAGAGCGAUGCUGUCUAUCUAAACUGUACAGUGAAGGCAAACCCGGCUGCUGUGUACACAUGGCACUCAGAGCAUCUGACAGAGAAGAUCAGCUCCUCAGUGAUCCAGUCCUCCACACUCAGUCCAGGAAACUACACCUGCACCGCCACAAACAAUCUGGGAGCAGAAAGCAAAGUGUUCAUCGUCAGUUCUGCAGGAAGGACCACAUUCUGGGCCAUUGUUAUAGCUGGCGUCGUGUUGGCAGUCCUGUUAAUCGUCUCUUAUGUAAUAAUCAAGAUUAAAAGUCCUCCAAACACUGUCAUUUAACAAACUUGCAAGAGAUGACCUCAAAUCAGGAACGUCUCCUCAGGGAGAUCAUGAAAAACUUGACUAUUCUUGGUUUGUUUUUAAAUAACAGAUGUGAUUGUGCAUGGCUUGAGGUGCUGCGAGUAGAAAGCAGCUCUCUUUUUUGCUUUAAAUUAGGCUAUUUUAUGUGUUCAAUGAAUGUUAUUGUGCUGACAGCACAAAAUAUGACUUCAAACUAUUAUUGAGCAUGUGCACUGAACGAAAAAGUUAGCUUAAAAUUGUAAGGCAACUCGCUGCAGAGCUUUUUUAGUUGACUCAACUUAAAUCGAUUGAAGUGCAGUACUUGUGUUAAAAGUUUAGUCAACUCAAAAAAGCUGUGCAGCAAGUUGCUUAACAUGUUUAAGUUGAGUCCACUUUUUUUACAGUGUGGAAAUAGCAUUACUGCAUGACACUACGUUAAUUAAUUGUGCCUCUACAUAAAUCAGGGUCUAUACAACAGUGGUUUAAAUGGGUGAAUUUAACUUCAAAUUUGUAGAACUAGAAAAUCCUCAAAAACAACCAUAGUUAGAAAAAAGUACAUUCCCACUAACAAGUGAUCACAUAAUGAGGCUUGGUCAGGAACCCGCGGUGUCACUUUUAAACACACAGGACACCUUAAGCAUUGUUUUUUCCGCAUGCAGGUUUCCUGUAAUUGCUUUAAUUGAGAAACCUCUGGCAUCAACAUGCAGACAUGGGAAUUUCAUUACGUCAGCUAAUGCUGAGAUUGCACUAGCUGGCAUGUCUUUCGUCUCCAGUUGUGAAAUGCAGGUCUACUUUAUGAAUGAAAAAAGGAGUGAGAUCAUUGACAGCACUUCGCUUCACUCUAUUCUUUACAUAACCAUAUCAUGUGGCUUCAGGAGACUUGGAAUACAAAGCAAGUUGUCUAUUUAUACUGUCAUAGUUUUGGUGUUGACACAAAGGUUUCUUUUUGGGUCACCAAUGGAGUACUCUGUAGAUCAUUUUAAUAAUGCUUAAGGGGCAUUAAAAAAUGGCACUACGCCUAGUGGUCCUGUCCAAGUGUUAAUAUGUGAGGAGUGAGAAUGUGUUGAUUCUGACAGAUUUAUAAUGUGUUUCUACCCAAGUAGGUACUGUAGCAGACAAUCCGGAGACCUCCAAUUGGGGGAAAUUUUACUGCAAGUAGGCUGGGUGACCUCCAAGUGGACUUAUGCUGUAAGUGAGCUGGGUUUAGGGUUGGUGUAGGUGUAGUAGACAUUAAUAAAACACAACAGGUUACUAUGAGGUUGGGUUUAACGUUGGGGUAGAUGUAGACGUUAAUAAAACACAAUAUUGGCUCUCUCAGCAAGGAUUUUGUGUUUUUAAAAGAUGUCUAAUAGACGUCUAAACCAGGGAUUCUCAACCAGUGUGCCUCCGUGAUCCUGCAGGUGGGCCGCGAGAUAGCUUAAAAUCAACUUAAUUAUUGUACUAUAAUUAUUUGAUUUCAAUAUUAAAUAUAUUGUAUAUAAAAUGAUUGGUGUAAUAGCAGUUCCCGUUUUCUAUUAUUGAUUACUUCGGACUGCAAAAAAGAGUCUCACUGUAAAAUACAGACUUAAACAUGGCUGCACUUUCAACCACUGCACGUCUACUAGGACUACAUGCUAAUAUGUAUAAAGCAAACCAUCACACAAAUGUAAAGAUAACGAUGAUUAGU